GGAAGAAGCGGCUCUGAGGCGGAUCCAGAUCGUUCAGAUCCGGUAUUUGGCUCUCGGAGCUCCGCGGCGCUGGACGGAGGACCGGAGCGACUCUAGCGGGCUAACGACCACUCUCCGCCGGGUUCGGGCUCCUGCUGUCGGAUCUAGAGAUGGGGGACAAGGCGGGCACCAGAGUUUUCAAGAAGUCGAGCCCCAACUGUAAGGUGACAGUGUAUCUGGGGAAGAGGGACUUCGUGGACCACCUGGACCACGUGGACCCCGUCGAUGGCGUGAUCCUCGUCGACCCCGAGUACCUGAAGGACCGCAAAGUCUUCGUCACCCUGACGUGUGCGUUUCGUUACGGACGAGAAGACCUCGACGUCCUCGGACUGUCCUUCAGGAAGGACCUGUACAUCUCUACCUUCCAGGCGUUCCCUCCUGUUCCUGAGGAGAAGAAACCCAACAGUCGUCUGCAGGAGAGACUUCUGAAGAAACUGGGACAACACGCACACCCCUUCUACUUCACUAUUCCUCAGAAUCUCCCGUGUUCAGUCACUUUACAGCCCGGACCAGAGGACACCGGGAAGGCGUGUGGCGUGGACUUUGAGAUCAGAGCGUUCUGCGCCAAGUCGAUAGAAGAAAAGAUCCACAAGAGGAACUCGGUGCGUCUGGUGAUCAGGAAGGUCCAGUAUGCUCCAGAGAAACCAGGACCUCAGCCCAUGGUGGAGACCACCCGCAGCUUCCUCAUGUCAGACAGAUCCCUCCACCUGGAGGCCUCCCUGGACAAGGAGCUGUAUUACCACGGCGAGCCGAUCAGCGUCAACGUCCACGUCACCAACAACUCCACCAAGACGGUGAAGCGGGUCAAGAUCUCAGUGCGUCAGUAUGCAGACAUCUGUCUCUUCAGCACUGCUCAGUAUAAAUGUCCCGUGGCUCAGCUGGAGGCAGACGACCAGGUGUCGUCCAGCUCCACCUUCUGUAAGGUUUACACUCUGACCCCGACGCUGGACAAGAACAGAGAGAAGAGAGGGCUCGCUCUGGACGGGAAGCUCAAACAUGAAGACACCAACCUGGCCUCCUCCACCAUUGUGAAGGACGUGACCAAUAAGGAGGUUUUGGGGAUCCUGGUGUCCUACAGAGUCAAAGUGAAGCUGGUGGUCUCACGCGGAGGGCUGCUGAGAGGCAUGUUGGACAGAGACGUGUCGGUGGAGCUGCCCUUCAUCCUAAUGCAUCCUAAACCUGUUGAGCCGCCGCUGUCCCGCCCACAGUCAGCUGUGCCAGAGAUGGAUCCUCCCAUCGACACCAAUUUGAUAGAAUUCGACACAAACAGCAUCAGUCAGGACGACGACUUCGUCUUCGAGGACUUCGCCCGUCUGCGGCUCAAAGGCGUGGUGGACGACAAAGACGAGGACUGCUAGGAGCUCGCCACUUCAUACGCUCGCUUCGGAACCAACACACACACACACACACACACACACACACACACACACACACACACACACACACACACACUCUUCCACACACUGUUCACAUUCCCCAGUGGACGGGUGGAUGAGGGCGUGUUCGGACGGAGGCCUCGUGUUCUUCCUCUCUUGCUUCAGCCAUUUCGUCACGCCACCGCCACCGCCGCCAUUUCCCUCUGCCGCCGCCGCCGCCGCCUCCUCCAUCUGUCUCUCCGUUUCUCUUUCUGCUGAAGAACUCUCAACGUAACGCCGCUGCAGGACGGAUCAGCUGAGACGUGGAAACAACCACAAAUAAGUGAAAGAGUGAAUGAAAAGGAAGCUGCAGCGCUCGUCCGCUUUUACUUUGAAAAUCUCUUCUGGAUGUCGGCCGUCUCCGCGGCAACGACGACGAUCACGUCUUGUACAAACAGAAUAUAUAUUUGAAACAUAGAAAAAAAUUAAUCUUGUACGAGCAGUUUGACAUCCGUGUUCAGCGUUCGCCGCUUUUUCUUCAAGUUAAAAAAAAAAAAAAUUACUGUCGACGCUUUUUACAUCACGGCCGCGAGGGGAGGACACACACACACACACACACACUCUCACACACACACACACACACACACACACACACACACACACACACACACAGACUUCACCAGCACUCACUCUGUCGUCCGUUUUAUAAAACGUUUGCUGCGUCACUUUUUAUCACGUUUUAUUUUGAAAGAACCAUUCCAGCGUUUAGAGUUUCCUGUUUAUUUAAACUUUUUUUUAUUUUAUUUUUUUUCAGUUUCAAAGGCAACGAAACCAAAAAAAUCUCCACAUUGUCUUUAAAAACACAAAUAUUGUUUGAUUUUUUGAUUUUUCUAAAAUAAUUUUUUGAUCAAGUAAAUCUGAAGUCUGGACUUUAUAUUAAAUCUGAAUUCAUAAAAUCCUUAAAAUAACAAAAGUUUUAUUGCAUUUAUUAAAAAUAAAAUAUUCCGAAUUUUAAAUUCACAGUGGGGAAAUAAUUUAGGGAUGAAAAAAAGGAAGUCUGAUUUAACAAUAUUUUGAGAAAUAAUGACAAGUUAUGAUAAAAGUAUUAUUUCAACAACAACAAAAAGUUUUUUUUAAAUAAAAAACUAAAAUGAAGUUAUAAUUCUACAAAAUUCUUGAAAUAUUUCUGGAAUAAAGUCGGCAUAUUUUGGUUAAAAAAAAUUUGACUUUUCUAGAAAUAUUUUAAGUUAUUUUGGUUAAAUAACAGCUUUUUUUCCCCAUUGGUUCCUACGGAAGAUCUCACAAAUAUCACAUUUCAGCAUCUAGACAUCAUAAAGCACCGUUAAAGGUCUAAAUAUGGCCUUUAAUCAAUAAUAAAACUAAGAUAAUAUUAUUAAAUGAAGAGCGUCUCUGCUGACAGACGAUUGGUUGGAGUUUGAUGAUGUCAUCAGCAUCAUCACAACAUCAAAGCUCCGUCACUUUAAAAACCUUUCAGACUUUUAGUUUGAAAGUUUUUCAGCCAGUUAGAUACUAUUUUUACCUUCCUGUUGUUGUUAAAUGUUAAAACAACACAUGGUUUGAAUUUAUAGUUUCUAUAUUAAUAUUUUCACUUCACGAAUGAGCAGAACUCUGAUGACGCUGGAAUGGUUUUUAUUUUUGUUUUUCACUUUAAACCAAAAUUUGUCUUUUUGUUGCUCAACAGCAUGAAAUAUUCACAUCCGUCACCAUUUCUGUUCUAAAUCUGAGGUGAAAUGAAUCUGGAUCAGGAUCUGGAUUUGAAUCAGGACUAUGAUCAGGAUCUGGAUCAAAAUCUGAAUCAGGAUUCUGAUCAGAAUCUGAAUUUGUAUCUGAAUCAGGGUCUUAAUCAAGAUCUGAAUCAGGAUCUUAAUCAGGAUUUGGAUCUGAAUCACGAUUAUGGUUAUGAUCAGGAUCUGAAUUAUGAUCUGGAUCAGGAUUUUUAUCAGGAUCUGGAUCUGUAUCAGGAUUAUGAUAAUGAUCAGGAUCUGGAACAGAAUCAUAAUCAGGAUCUGAAUAAGAAUCAGGAUUAUGAUCAGGAUCUAAAUUAGGAUCAGGAUCUGAAUCAGAAUCUGAAUUGGGAUCUAAAUCAGGAUCAUGAUCUGGAUCAGAAUCUGGAUCCAAAUCAGAAUAUGAACAAGAAUCUGGAUCAGAAUCAGGAUCUGCAAAACUGGAAAUUUGAGGCGUCGUAGUUGUACAUUUAAGAAUCUUCUGUUGAUUUUUAUGAAUCAAAACUCGACAGUGAAACAAUAAAACGUGUUGAAUUAAAAACAUAAAUGAAGACGAGGUGAACUGAGUCAGUUGGAGGAUUUCUGGAGCGUCUUUAAGUCUUUUUCUGCUGUUUAUUGAAGCGGAUGGGACCAAUGAGAGCGCGGCGGCGUGGCGCCCUCUGCUGCUGGGAGAGAAACGCUGCCGUUUGAUUUGAUCUUCGUCUCCACCAUCCACCAAAUGUUUCAGAGAGUUUGGUUUUAUUUUGAAGGAUGGAACUUCAUGUAAACUGCGUUGUGCCUUUUCGAGCUCACUGUUGCCAAUAAGACCAAAUUUAAUUGCCAAUUAUCACAAAAUCGAUGUAAUUAUAAUUAUUGUUUAUCAUUUUUCCUGAUGAAAAUGAAUUAAAAGUCGUACAGAUGAAUUCACAAAACACGACUUCUGUCUUGUGAAUGUACAACUGAAACUAUUUCAUUCUAAAUUUCUAAAAUUAAAUUCUCAAUAUUUGGUCUUAAAACUAUUAGAAUAUAAUAUUAGUCUUUCUGUUGUAGAUGGAAGCUCAUCUCUGCUGACGGGAAAUAUUGUGUCAAUUAUUACGAGAAACUUUCUUCAUUUUCAGAAGAAUUUUUAUUAUUUCGAGAGACUUAAUAAUGUCAAAAUGACUUUUCUUCAAAUAAUGACUCGUCUUGGAUCAAAGGAAAUAUUGACGCCUUAAAAUAAUUUAAUAUCUCAAGAUAUCGAGAUGAAAAAGUAAUCUGGAAAUAAUUAAUAAUAAUGACUUGUUUAUCUCGAGAUAAUGACUCAACAUGUCCAGAUGCUAUCUUUAAAUUACUUAUUGAGUUACUUGUCUUGGAAUAAGUUUGUCGUCCAAAACAACUUUAUAUCGGAAAACAAAUAGAAACUGAAAAAUCUCAAAAAUAAUGACCUGCUUAUCCCAAAAUAUUGACUUUAUAUCCCGAAAUAAUAACUUAUCUCUAAACUAUCUCGUAUCUCAAUCUCUCAAAAUAUUGACUUCUCGAAAUAAGUUUAUGUAUCAAGAUAUUGAGAUAAUUAAGUAAUCUGGAAAUAAAUAAUAAUAAUGACUCGAUACUUGAAAUUACUUAUUGAGUUACUUAUCUCGAACAACCUGCUUAUCUCAAAAUAUUGACUUUGUAUCUCGAUAUAAUAACUUAUAUUUAAGAAUGAUGACUUUGAAACCUCAAAACAAUCAGGAUCUGAAUCUGGAUCAGAUUCGGAAUCAGGAUGGGAAUCGGGAUCAUGAUCUGGAUCUGGAAAAGGAUCUAGAUCAGAAUCUGAAUCAGGAUCUGAAUCAUGAUUCUAGUCUGGAUCUGAAUCAGGAUCUACAAAACUGGAAAUGUAUCAAAUAACGACUAAGAAACCUCAAAACAAUCUCUGAGCUUCAGACUGAAAGUUUUAUCUUUGUGAAAAUAAUCGAACAAAAUCUAAACUUUUGACCAGCUGUCCUAAAUGUCUUACAGGGUCUUUUUAUUUUCUUGAACCAUCAGAAAUGAGCUUCCAUACUUAUUAAUAUUCCAGAUUAUUAAACCUUCUGCCUUUUUUCCUUUACGGUCGAAGAAAUCGUAGAAACGUAAAGAAACGAUUUGGCCAAAUUGUCAAAGU